AUCUCAAGGGCAUUGUGCAGAUGAUCACAUGUGCUGAAGCGGCGGAGACUUUAAUCGUUCGCUCUUAGUUUUAUUAUAUUUAUAAUAUCUAAAAUGGACAGUUUCGGUUCAGAUUUUUCCUCAGGCUCUUCGGCUGGUAAAAUGGACACUGGCACUAUAAUGGAGCAAGUCAAAGUUCAGAUUGCUGUUGCAAACGCUCAAGAACUGCUGCAGAGAAUGACUGAUAAAUGCUUCAAGAAGUGCAUCGGCAAGCCAGGAAGCACAUUGGACAAUUCUGAACAGAAAUGCAUCGCCAUGUGCAUGGAUCGCUAUAUGGAUGCAUGGAACACAGUCUCGCGUGCAUAUAAUUCAAGAUUACAAAGGGAAAGAGCUCGGAUUUGAUGUGCAAAUGGUGGCCAGUAAUACUUCUGUAUCACCUGGGUACGCAGGUAGAGAUCCUCUGUCUGCACGACAUGUGUAUAGACUUGGCUUUCUGACCUCACAACAACAGCUGAUCACUACCGAAUCAACCAGGUGGAUCGGAUUUAGACUGUACGUGCCAUGGACAUUUUUUUUAUUUUAUCUUUCGAAACGUGUUAAAACAAUUAUAUAAGACAUUUGUCAUUGAAUGAUUUGCAAAUUCCAGUUAGGACAGUUAUGGAUAGAUUAUUGUGGUUGCAUUGCAUAUGCUUAAAAUUAUGUCCAGAAUUGAGAUUAUGGGUACAGAUUUUAUCUCCACCCACUCUGUACCCUGUUUACAGGUCUCACUGUGUUUAGCAAUUGAAGGUCUUGUGCUGUUAUCCAUUCAUCAAGCAGCCAAUCAAAAUAUAGCAAGCCAUCUUGUCAGUUGUGGAUCUUUUUUCCCAGAGGGAAUGACUCACUUUAACAUUUGUUUCACAAACCUUCUUCUUCUUCAAAGGGAGCAAUAAUUGUUGCCUCUUCAUCAAGAGCAGCCAAACAGUGCUUCUUUACCCCCAAAGAACAAAAUGCAAUUGUCAAACCUGGAGUGUCAUUUGGCUCAUUGUCGGUUUAGUACAGUGCUAGGUUUGUUUAGAACCACCGAUCCUGGUGUAAAAGCAGUUUCAUGAAAUCUUGUGAAACCUUAGUCAGAGAAAUAAGCUCAUUGUGCAGAGGAUUUUGUGGAAUUGUUACCCAGAAUUUUUUAAAUUAUGGAAUGCAAAUAAAUACCAUCAAAUCUG